AUGGGAUUGUCCACUGCCAGGGAAAUGGGUGCAGAAGGGAUGAAGAUCAUUGGCGAUUCUAAUUUGGUGCUAAGUCAAUUGCAAGGAAACUUUGCUGUGAAAGAGGUAACCUUGGCACCAUAUCGGACAGCUGUUGAAAGGCUUAUUAAUUCUUUCAAGCAAAUAGUGAUGGAGCACAUUCCGGGAGUCACUAAUAAGUAUGGUGAUGCCUUGGCUACGUUGGGAUCAAAGCUCUUAUUUGUGCAGGAGCAGCCCAAUAUUACAGUAAUAAGGAGAGGCACACCGGCAAUCGACGCAAUGGUCCAGGCGGAGCUGCUGGAAGAAGACAAUUGGAGAAAACCAUUGAAGAAAAAGUUGGGUGAAGAGAGCGGAAUAAUUGAAGUAAGAAGGUGGUUGCAAGAAGUGCACGAUGCUACUUGCAGUUUGGAACCAGUAAUCAACUUGUAUCGGCGCCUGCAACGUAAAGGGACUCUGCCAAGCAAUUCCAAGCUCACCUAUAAGCUUAAGAAGACGGUAAAGAGAUAUUUUGUGGAUGGGUUGACUCUUUAUCGGAAGGGAUUUAACGGGGAACCUUUACGAUGCUUAGGAAAGACGGAGUCACAUCAAGUCAUGCAAGAAAUACACGCUGGAGAAUGCGGAGAGCAUCAAGGAAUGAAAAGGCUCCACCGGCAGCUGUUGAGUUUUGGAUAUUACUGGCCUACUAUGAAAAGGGAUGCACAUGAUUUUGUUAAGAAAUGCCACAUGUGCCAAAUCCACGCCAAUUUGAGUCACAAGCCUCCUACGCUGUUGCAGGACAUGCGCACUCCUUGGCCUUUCCAUACUUGGGGGCUUGACUUAAUAGGGACAAUUCAUCCUCCAUCGCCGCUCAACACCCUAUUACCCGCAGGGAAAUGGUCAAGCAGAGGCUACCAAUAA